AUGAACGAAGCUACCCCAUUCCGAGCCAUUACUGUCAAGGCAUCAAUAAAGGCAACGGGGUGGAGUCCUGAGUUUCUUGGACCUCUACAAGUCCUUGUCGCUAAAGUCCACACAAUUGUCACCAACACCUUCGCACUUAUGAGAUACAUAUUUCUUACCAAUCAUGAAACAACCAGUGGUGUAGUAUUUAGAUAUCUACUUUGUAAGCAUGAAUUUGAUCUUUGUUUGUUUGAUACAUUUAGUACUUCCAAGCACUAUUUUUCGUGCUCCCAGAUUUCCCUUCGAACCUUUAAGCAGGUCGAAAACUCUCGCUAA